CAACACUGUCGAAAAUUUCAAAGUGUAUUAUACUUUUGAAACCAUUUUUAUUGGCCAAAGCACAAAAUCUUGUAAAAUAUAUCAUCCUAAUUCUGAUAAAACUUGAAUGUUUGUACUUUCAUUAUUUGUAUAGGAAGUAUUUAAGAUUCCAAUAUAUUUGAUUUGCAUGUCCAAUUGUACAUAAAGCAUGAAUUUUCAUGUAUUGCAGAAGAUCUGACCCUCUAAAGAUGGAUGUGAAUCAAACAUAUUUUUAUGACCAAUCAAAACCAAGGUCACAGCGGGAUCCACUUGUCUCCUUCAUUUCUAUGGCUGCACGAUUUGGGGAUGUGGAAACACUGCAAAAACUGUUACAGGAAGCACAGACAGUAAGAUGAAAACUUUCUGACUACACCUACCAUAGGUUUGGCACUUAAGCGGGCAACACAGUCAGGUCAAAUAGAUGUGAUACAGUGUCUUCUUGAAGCUGGUGCUGACAUCAACACGAAGUUUAAAGGAGCAACAGCACUGCAUGAAGCAGUCAAAGUCAACAACUUGCAAGUUCUCCAUUUCCUGCUUGCACUGGAUAGUUUGCAUCGAGAUUCUAUUAGUCUUGCUCAAAAAACAGCAUUAAUGGAAGCAGCUUGUAGGGGACGAGUGCAGUGUCUGUUGGCUCUCCUAGAGGCUGGUUGUAGGGUGUACACAAGUAAUGCACGAGGACUGACUGCUCUCCACUACUGCUUGCUGCCAAGUAUCGGCACCAUUGAUGCAGAUGAUACCAUAGCAUGCUUGGAGUUACUGUACAAUGCUGGAGCCAACGUCGAUGUUCAGGAUAAUUAUGGCAACACGCCUUUACAUGUUGCUAUAGCCACCGAGAAUUUUGAAGCACUUCUGUGGUUUUUGAAUCAAAACUGCAGAUUAGACCUGGAGGCUAGACCACCAGAUCUGGCACCGGGAGUGUUUAGCUGCUUGCAAGGAAGACUGUCUUUGACUCCACUGCUUCUUGCACUUCACUUUUCUAAUCGCCGUGUGGUGCAGUUGCUGGUUGCAUGUGGAUGUAAGUACUAUAGUCUGAGUUGGGUCCUUCCUUACAUCCAGCAGUAUACACUGCUUCAUGAAUUUAUGCUUGAGGCCUUGAGCAAGCCUCACUCUCUGCAGGCUAGCUGUCGACAGCUUGUCCGCAAAUGCAUUGGCAGAGACAUCAAGAAGAAAGUGGAGCAGCUAACAUAUCUGCCUCAGAGCAUUCGAAGGUACAUACUGUGCUGUGAUGAAUUAAACAUUGUGUAGCCUCAGAGACCUAUUGUCUCAGUUGUGAUAGUGUGGACAAUGAUUUUCUGAGCACCAAGGUGUAAUGAGCUGGAGGAUAUAUAUACACUUAUAAGGUUCGUGGUUAAUUAAUAAGACUGAAUAUUUUAGAGAAUCAGAAAUAACAUCAGGAGAAUACUGGGAAGACAUUGAGUAAUCUUGAGAAUAUGAAGAAAUGGUAAUGAGCUGGUUUCAGUAUGACUUCAUUGACCUGUCUGUUGAUACAUAUAGCCAUGAUAUUUUGAUCAUUCAACUCUUUCUUGGUUCUAGAACUACCUUUAUGACCAAUCUCAAACUGUUGUCAUUGGUUCCCAUUCUUCCCAGCUUUUUCCAGUUCUCUACGGCAGACCUGGGCAAAGGCCGGCCCGCCUCCUGUCUCUGACCGGCCCGCCCGCCAGUAUAUAUACUAUAUAUACAAUAUUGGGUAAAACUGAUUUAACUAUAUUAGUCCGGCCCUCUAAAACCAUCCCAAUUUCUCAUGCGGCCCCUUGGGAAAAUUAAUUGCCCACCCCUGCUCUACGGCAUCCCCCAGGGUUCUGUCCUGGGCCCGUUCUAUACACUUUUUACUCAGCCCUUGUCUUUGGUCAUGGACCACCUUGACCUCCACUAUCAAAUCUUCGCCUACAACAUGCAACUACUGGGAAGUUUUCCACCAACAGAAACUGAUGUUUUUUCCUCCACCAAUCACUGCAAUUCUAAUAUUCAGCAGGAUAACUGAAAACAAACUGAAGUUAAUCCUGGCAAAGCUGAAGCAAUGAUUGGCACUAGGCAGCACCUUUCCACCAUCUCUUCCUGUGAUUGUUGGGCAUCAUCUCUUAUCUCCUUAUUGUCUAGUUUAAAGAGUCUUGAUGUCAUUCUUAACUUUAUUAUUCCCAUGUUCCUCCAUUUAUGACAUCUUUCCAUUAUCCAUCGCUAUCUGAACACUGAUGUCACCAUCAAGCUAGUUGUCUCCUUUCUUUUUUCAUGCCAGGAUUACUGCAACUCUCUUUUUGCUGACCUUCCUGUUGCCACUCUCCACACCUUUCAAUAUGUUCAGAACACUGCUGCCCUUCUGGGAUUUUAAGCGCAGAAGACUAAUCAUCCCCACCUCCUGCUUUGCUUCCUUCACAGGCAGCCUAUUAGACAAUGUCACAAAUUAGACUCUUUGCUAUAAAUGCCUCCUUUAUAAGUUUCCCAACUCUCAUCAGGCCACCAAUUCUGUAUACCUGCAUGCAGGACCAACAGAUUGAGAUUGUCCUUCAUUGUUUUGGCUGUGUGACUUCUGAAUGUUACUGUGUGAGAAUUAAUGCAGCUGCCUGAAUCAUGAAUAUAUGAGUCUUGUAGAUAUGAAUAUGCUAUGGUAAUAUAUUGUGGUAUUGUUUUGUGCUUUCAUUUCGAGCUGCCCCUAAUUGCCCUGUAGGAUAAAUAAAGUGUUAUGAAGCAGAGGUCAGAGUGACUGAAGUGGCUCAGCCUGCAGGUUUCUCAGUGAGAAAAAAAAGACAGUGGCUCUUGUAACUUGCCAUCAUAAAAGAAGCUCAAGCAGUCCUUGGCUAAUGUCUGGUUAUGAAA